UAUUACAAAAGAAAAUUUUUAAGAAAAAUAAAAUAAUUAAUAUGAAAAAUUUUAUAUAGUUAGUAUUGAUUCAAGAAAGAUGUUUUAACUGGUAAACACCAAGGUUUUAUCUUAGGGUUGUUUUCUGAAUUCACCGAUUUCUAUAUGGCGGCAAUUUUGCAGACGUUAGGAGACAGAAGUCUGUGCAAAGAGAGCAUCCCAUGGUACUCUUUGUAUUAGCCCACGAAACGUGCAAUAUUGAGAAUUCCUGUGAUCUAUUUUUAUUCUUUUAGGCAGUGUGUCCGGAUAAACAGUUUAAAUGGAAUCCAGUGAUGAAAUGAAGGAAGAACCUGAUGGACUUUUAUGAUCAAUAGUGUGUAAGUUAUCUGACAUCAGUACAGAGCAACAAAUCCUGUCCUUUGUGCCUUUAGAGAGUAGCUACUAUUUCAGCCGCACAGGUUGCAAAAUAUCAACCACAAGUUGAUGGCACAGUCAAAAGACACCAGAGAGGGAUAGAAAAGUAAACAACCAAGGAUGGAUACAAAUGUGACGCCAUCCAAGAGACGGCGCCUUGAUAACCCAGAUGACUCUGGGGACUGGGAUAAAAACUUCACUCUCACCCAGCAAGAUUUAGAUACCCUGGACAUUAUUGAAUCACAGGCAGUUGGUGAAUCAGUGCUCCACCCUUCAACUUCAUAUCAUCCUGAUCCAGAUGAUUCACAUGCUGUUGCACCAGUCCAGUAUCGCCCCAGUUUAUUUCAGGUCCCUUCUGUGGCUGAAGUUAACAGAUUAAAAGUAAGGACAUCAACUUCCUCAAGCUCUGGUUCCUCUGCUUACCCAAAGUCUGAAUCAUCGUUUUCUUUAAGAAAGACCCCAAGCACUGACUGCUCGUCAGCACCUGGCUCACUGACGACUAGCAAGUCCAGCAGCAGUCACCACUCAUCUAACCAGUCUCUGUCUGACCUCUCCCACCAAGUCUCCAUUCCAGCUGCCAGUGGUACUGGUGUCGACGCCAAAAGCAACCUGGGUACCAUUGUGGCCAUGAAAGAGGAGCUAACGAAGAGAACCAUUGAAGCUGAAAGACUGAAAAGCGAAGCACAAAAGGCAAAGAGUGAUCUAUAUGUUCGUGAUGGAGAGGUGAAGUUCCUGCAAGAUACACUCCGCAGACAAGAAGCUGAAAUUGAGAAACUGCGCGAAGAAAGGGAUAAUAGACGGGAAAGAGAAGCACAACAUCAAAAGGAGCAUGAAAAAAGCCUGAAAGCAGACAACGAACGCUUGCAGACUCUGAUUGAAUUCAAAUCACAAGACUGCCAACGCCUUCAGGAGCGAUGCCAAAGUCUGGAAGAAAGACUUCGGGAGUUAAAUGUUCAUGGAUCUUCCAUCUCAUCCUCGCAAGGCAGUCCCAGGAAGAGUCCACGAAAAAGGCGAGUUGCACCGGGACCAAGCAAAGCACCAGAGCAGAGGGGUUUUCCUAGUCAUCAGUCAUUCUUGUCUGCUGUAGAUGUUUCUGGAUCAAGAAGCAGAAAUUUUGAGAAUGCAGAGACAAUGACAGAGCCAUUUACUCUUCCAUCUACCCUCUCAGACAGAGCUUCCUUCCAGCCAAACACCAGACACCCAAGGCUUCAGCUUCACAUCUUCCCCCCUACAGGUGAAGUGACUGGUCCACAAAUUGUCUCUCAGCUUCUUCAGUGCAGCUACAAUCCAUCUGGGGACUUAUGUGAAAGGGGAAUUACAGGUCUGCUGCAGGCAUUGCCCUCUCGGCUUGAUCUUACAGAGCUGCAGUACACUCGAGACUUAACUACUUCACGCUUAUCACCAGUUAAACGAUGCUUCUCUACAGAGUCCAAAAGAAAUUUCUCCCCAGCUGUGCCCUCUUCUGUGGAAUGCAAAGCUGUUGUUCCAAAAGAACAUUUUCUCUAUGCAAUUGAGGGUCUGCGAAGUCUGCUAGAUUCAGAGCAAACUGAACAGACUUUAGGAACUUCCUUUUUGGAGGGUGAGCCACAACAUGCACCUGUUAAAACAUCACUGAGUGGCUGCAUUUUAAUACUACCACUUUUAAAUGACUACUUGGGACAUUACAUCAACAUUAUUAGCAGCCCCAUGCAUGGUGGGUGCAUGAGCCCCUCCUCUGGUUGUAGCACACCCAACGGCUAUGAAAGCUCCCUGGAAUCCAUUACAGCAUCUUUAGAAGUGUUACUUCAUGAGGGUGCUGAGUAUGCAAACAACUUGGAAUCAUUGACAUUGACAUCCCUAAAAGUGCUGCGUAAGCUUCUCUGCCUAAAUGAAGAUGUGCGAGCCACAUGUAUUCAGUCUAAAGUGAUCCCCCCUGUGACACGUCCACCUGUCAACACAAGUAGUUCAUCUCUUGACACAGAUCACAAUGAACACAGGAAGACAGAUGAUUCAGGGAUGGAAGGUGAUGAUGAAAAGAAUGGGUCCAGCUCAUCCACAUUUGAAAGUCCAGAUUCAAUUGCUUCUCCAGCAGCACACAUGCAGGAACUCAACAUCCUUCUUAAACUGGUCAGACUGGCGACACCUGGUCAGGAGAAGUCUAAGUUCAACAAACUUAUUGUUCAAGAAAGCCUUAGUGCAUUAACUGUGCUUGCUGAAAAGUCAUCUGACCUGGAAGUAGGAAGGAUGUAUGUUGUUUUUCUGCGUGGGUUCUGACAGACUGUCUGAAUCUUGAUGGACACCCUUUGAUUUGGAUUAGUGCCUUACAGCUGUUUGCUCAGCUAGUCAGAGCAGCUUCAAACCUGCCUGCCAUCUGCAGUAAAUCUGAUAGCUGCACGUUGCUGAGUAUCCAUAUGACCCUUAUAAAAUGUUUAUCAUCCCCUGAAAUAUUCAAAGGACAGCUUUUAAGUGUUUUUCAAUGGGUAACCAGAGGUCUGUCAAGUAUCAUUUCAUUUCACAGAAAUGGCGUCAGCCUCAUUAUGGAGAAUGACUGCAGAUGCAGCGCUCAGGUAAUUCCCAGCUUGGUGCAUGCUAUGUGUCGGCUUUUUCAAGAUCAUCGCACCGCAUCCAGUGAUGACAUACUUGGAGCACUACGCAAAGGUGUUUCACUGCUCCAUGCCAUCAGCCUGGGGGAUCUCCACUUUCAGCACCGCUACACUCCAGUGCAUCCAAGUUACACCAGCUUAAUGUUUGAUCUGACAUUGUUGUACAAAAAAUAUCCACUCAUCCCACCUGCUGAAGCAUCUGCCUUGGAAGACUUGUGGGACUAUGAGCAUGAGGACUCAGACAUAUCUCAAGACAGUAAUUAAGCGAAACACACAGGAAUGUGUCUCAGGACUGUGAUGUUGCCCAGGUUGUGCAGAGACGGUGCACUGAUGCCCUUUUCCAACCCCAUUACUUUUUCUGCUCAGAAAGAGUAUAUCACUGACAUUUAGCUCCAGUUUUAUGUGGCAGAGUUUAAGUCAUCUGUGUGUUAACUGUUUUUGGUCUUUGAAAAGAGUGAUAUUUAAGAGUAGCGAGAUGAAGGGGAUGCGAGGAAAUGAGUGGUUGAUGUGUAUGUGUGGGUGUUCCCACUCACACAGAUGCAUCUAUGUAUAAUGGUGGUAUGUGUUGGAGUGAGCAUCAAGCACAAUAUAAUUAUUGAUCUCUACAACUUAACAUAUUCAUUGUAAAAAUAUGGUGUUUUUUUUUUUUUUUUCUUAAGUUUGAUGGGAAAAUUAAUUUGUCAAGAUGUCAAAUGGAGAUUUAUACAGAAAAAGAAAGAAUAUUAAGUGAUAUCAAGAGGAGAAUUAAAUAUUUUCCUUAAUGUAUUUUGCAGAUUCAAGAAAAAUAUGUAUUUUUAUUUUACACUCUAGUUGGUAAAUAUUUUUUCACAUAAAAUCUUUAAUGAAUUUUUACUCUGAUCCUUACCCUGCCACCUACCCUUAAUCUUCCAUACCAUAAGAAAGCCUGUUUACUUUUAACCUUGGAAAGUUCCAGAAAGUAUAUUUGGGUAAAAUAUUACAUCUUUUUUUUUAACUGUUGUCUAUUUUCUUUCCCCUCUGAUAUGGCAUGUGUAGGGGAAAACCUUUCCUAGACCAUUUGAAGGAGGCUGAAUGUUUGUGAGCAGUUCAUAUGUCAUGCCACUAUUAAAUCUAUUUUCCAUGAAAA